UUAGACAAACAUAUACCAGAUUUGUAGAAAAAAAGCAGAGUGCCAGUAUACAACAUAAACGCAUUUAGAUAUUCAAAAGGUCGCAGAGUAAAAACUUCUUUUCUUAUACAUACGGAGCAAAUAUGCUUUGCAAGAGCACAAUGAAUGUUACGUGUUUUUUGCUUUUAGUAAUUCUGUUCUCAACAGUGACAGGCCACACUAUGAUGGAUGCCAAAAAACUACUAGCUGAUAAACAGCAAAAUUAUGAAAAAACAUUUAGACCUCUUGUUAACCAAUCUGCCCCAAUGGUUCUUUACACUGGAUUGGAAUUACUGUCUAUUCAGGCUUUUGAUGAAGUACAAGAGAAGCUUACCAUAGCAGCAGUAGUUACGUUAUAUUGGGUGGAUGAAUACAUGAAAUGGAACCAAUCAGACUAUGGAAAUUUAGAAGAAUUGGUUAUUGAGAGUGACAAAGUUUGGACUCCGAAUCUAGUUCUAGUAAACAAUGUUGAAAAACUUGAAAAGAUAGGUGAUGCUUGGCAGGUAAUUCGGUUUACUUCGGACGGUAUUGCCUAUUAUUAUCCUGGUAAUGUUUUCCAUGCAUCUUGCAGAGUAGAUGUGACAUACUACCCUUGGGAUAGACAUAGAUGUGAAUUCAGUUUCAAUGUUUGGGCUCAUAGCAAAUCUGAAAUAGUAUUCAAAUCUGUUUACGAUAAAGUACAGACAACAUACUUUUCGGAAAAUGGAGCAUGGGCAUUUUAUAACUCAAGUGUCGAAAAUUACAAUAAUGGCAGUUUUAUUGAUGUUUCUUUGUACCUUGAAAGAAAACCUCGAUUUGUACUGGUGAAUGUGAUACUUCCUAUUAUUUUCUUGGCAUUUUUAAAUGUAAUAAUCUUCGCUAUUCCAAUAGAAAGCGGAGAACGUAUUUCCUAUAGUAUAACUAUGCUCCUUGCAAUAGCUGUUUUUCUGACACUUGUUGGAGAUAACUUACCGAAAACGUCGAGUCCAAUGUCAUUUUUCAGCUACUAUUUAUUAGUUAUUCUUGUCAUUAGCAUAUGUAUAACUCUUGGAACGAUAUUUAAUGUGCGCCUUUACUACAGUGAUGACGAUGACCCUGUACAUAGAGGCUUAACGCGUUUUGUUAGAUGUGUAAAUUGUAAAUCCAGAAAAAAAGGAUCCAAGAGGAAACCGGUCUAUUCGGGCAUCAACCACGAAAGCAAUUGGUAUAUGUACGGAAACAGUGGGAAGCAACAGAACAUUGCUUCAGACAAAUAUAUGAGAAAGAAUGUGGCUGCAGAUAAAUAUAUGAGAAACUACUGGGCGGACGGUGAUAGUUUAGAGGCCUCCGUUAUAUCAAAGAAAACCACACAUCAUCAAACAGUGAACCACGGGAAGUUCCUGUCUGACCUUAACAUAAAUGGCGGCAAAGUGGAAAGCGAGAGAAAUUCAGGACGAUUAAGACCAGAAACCUUUACAACGGAUACAGAUGUUUCAUGGAAAGAUGUCAGUGUGGCAUUUGACAAAAUCUUCUUUGCUCUGUCGUUUCUAAUUUUAUCGAUAGCAACUUUUGUAUUUUUUAUGUGCAUAUUUGCCAACGAAAGACGCUGAAAGAUUAAAAUGCUAUGUGAGUAAAUCAGCAAAUACACAUUGAUACAACGAAUAAGUUUAUCGGAGCAUUACAAAGUCAACCAGAAGCAAUAGGGAAAGCUUGUCUUAAAAUGAUACUCUGGGAAUGUUUGUCAAUCUACUCUUUAAACGCACAUUUCUGUCAAGAAAUUGACAAACAGAAUAGAUUUAUCUUGCGCGAGCAAAACAUGAUAGAUUUUGAUUAUAAAACUGUUUAAUUUGCCUUACUUUUAAUUUCUGCAGACGCACUUGAAAAUAUUGAAUGUUAGAUUUUAAAUCACGGACUAAACCCGAUUUAAAAAGACAGAUUUAUUUCUAUUAUGAUAGUAAAUACCGAAUGUUUAUACAUUUUAUUUGUAACUCUAACGUUAUCUCAAAGCUGACUGAUAUUACUGAAAAGUAUUUUUGAGAAUUGUAUGCUGCAGUAUCACUGCCUUUCAUUCCGAGAGAAAGCCCGCCCGCUUAGUUCAAUAGGGAAAGCCCAGAUUUACGGAUCGCAGGGCCGUAAGGUCGAGCCCUGGGCGAGGCGUAUGUUCUCCGUGAUGAUUUGAUAAAAGACAUAGUAUUUCAAAUCAUUCGUCCUCAAUCGCUUAUUCAUGUGGAGAAGUGGCAGUUAUUUGCGAAGGACAGGUUUAUACUUGUACAGAAUCCAGGAACACUGAUUAGGUUAACUGUCCGCCGUUACAUAACUGCUAUACUGUUGAUAAACGGUGUUAAACCGAAAACAAACAAACUAAUAAAUCAUUCCAAGAGAAUAGUUUAAUUGAAGAUCGCCAUUCAGUUCGUAUUUUCCAGGCAUUUGUUGUUUAAAGUUAAGUUAUAUCUCGAUCAUUUUAUGGUACUUAACAACAACUAAAUGCGAGAAAAUAUGAAUUAACAUAGAUAGUAUGAACUUCUUAUCACAUAACUUUUUCUCUGUACACCUUUAUGUUUAUAAUUCUAACGGGGACAUAACAAUUGUCCCAACAAUUAUAUC